GGUGAGUUGUUCAUUUCUGCUUUUGACGUUUACCUCAUAUACCGGUUAGACUUGCGAGUUAAUGUCAAUUCCAGCGACGUUUUUGGAAUUCCUGUUGAACAGUCAUUUAAUUUGAGAAAGAAAAAAGAUGCAUACUUUUUUGACUAGAGGAAAUGCGCUAUUAACGUUCACGCUUAGUGUUCUAGCUGGGCUCACUUUCUUUUGCUUCCUAUCGACCGCCCUAAAUGCGUAUUCGGCCACAGCAACCAUUGACACUGUGAAAGUGCUAGUUAAAAAUGUGCCUGAUUAUAGUGCACAGAAAGAGAAGCAAGAUCUUGGAUACCUGAUGUUUGAUCUCCAGGCUGAUCUAAAUCCUCUCUUCAACUGGAAUGCCAAACAGUUGUUUGUCUUUCUGAUGGCUGAAUAUGAAACUGCUGAUAACAAACUGAACCAGGUUGUGCUGUGGGAUAAAAUUAUUCAACGAGGAGAAAAUGCCAAUCUUGACAUGAAGAAUAUGAAUACAAAUUACUAUUUUUGGGAUGAUGGGAAUGGACUAAGAGGGAACCCAAAUGUAACUCUUACUUUAUCCUGGAAUGUUAUUCCAAAUGCUGGAAUGCUUUCCAUUGUGAGGGGCUCAGGUUCACAUACAUUUAGUUUCCCAAAUGAGUAUACAAAUGUAAGAGCUCAGUAAAUAUAAAACUAUUUUCUGUUAC